AUGCAAUUGUCUCUGGCAGCGGGCAUUGCGGCCGCGGCGUUGGCUUUUGUCUACGUCGUGAACCUGAUCCUCGAGAGGGUCCGAUACAGAGCCCGGUCCAGGGAACUGGGAUGCAAGCCCCCCGUGUGGAUGUCGGGUUAUGACCCGACAGGCAUUGCCGAUAUUGUCUACGGCGUGGACGCGAGCCGCAAGAAGCGAUUCCCUAUCCACGCUGCCAGCAACUUUGCACGCGAAGAGAAGAAGCAUGGCCGCCCAGUGGGCACGCUGCGUGUUAAGACGCCUCUUUUCCGAGACACCUUGGUGACGACCGAUCCUCAGAACAUCCAGACCAUCCUUGCGCUCAAGUUCAAGGACUUUGGCCUGGGUGUGAACCGGACCGAGAACUUUGAGCCACUGCUGGGACACGGCAUUUUUGCGACAAAUGGCAAGCAAUGGGAGCACUCUAGAGCCAUGCUGCGUCCGCAGUUCAUCCGUGGCCAAGUCAGCGACCUUAACCUUGAAGAAGAGCAUGUCAAAGCUCUGAUGACGGUGCUCAAUCGUCGGGUCGGUCCGGAUGGAUGGACUAAUCUAGUGGACGUUCUGCCUCUCUUCUUCCGCCUCACACUGGAUUCCGCAACCGAGUUCCUCUUUGGAGAGAGCGUCAACAGCCAGCUCGAUCAAGUCCACCCCACGUCUGAAAAGGACGGCAACUUUGCAUAUGCUUUUGACAAGGCACAGUAUAAUCUAUCGAUCGGGGCUCGUCUGGGGCCCAAUUACUGGGUCGUCCACACUCCCGAGUUUAAACGCAUGGUUAAAAGGGUCCACGCAUAUGUCGAUUACUUUGUUCAAAAGGCUCUCGUCCAGGGCGAGAAAAUGCCCGUGAAUGAAGACAAAUACGUCUUUCUCAAUGCAUUAGCCAAAGAAACCCGAGAUCCCGAAGAACUACGGUCCCAGCUUCUCAACAUCUUACUUGCCGGCCGAGACACCACUGCGUCUACACUGGGAUGGUUCUUCUACACCAUGGCCGAUCCCAUGUAUGCGUCCGUAUUCCGACGGCUGCGAGCAACCAUUUUGGAAGAAUUCGGAACAUAUUCCAAUCCCAAAGAAAUCACAUUUGAGAAGAUGAAAGGCUGUCAAUAUCUCCAAUGGUGCCUGAAUGAAUGCCUUCGUUUAUAUCCCGCAGUGCCGAUGAAUGUUCGCACUGCACAAGUAGACACAACGCUGCCUAUUGGCGGCGGCCCAGACGGACAAUCGCCAAUUUUCGUGCCAAAGGGCCAGGACGUUGGUUAUUCGGUUCAUUUGAUGCACCGCCGCAAGGAUAUUUGGGGUCCUGAUGCCGAAAUCUUCAAGCCGGAGAGGUGGGAGACACGCAGGCCAGGUUGGGAUUAUCUUCCCUUCAACGGAGGACCAAGAAUCUGCAUCGGCCAACAGUUUGCGCUGACCGAGGUCGGCUAUGUUGUCAUCCGAUUGAUGCAGCGCAUCGACAGCAUUGAUGGCUCACAGGUUGGCCCUAUCAAACACGGCCUGACUUUGACCAACUGCCCUGGCGAGGGAGUUAAUGUCAAGCUACAUUUUGCUGAGUAG